CUGAUAAAACACACCGUUGCACUAAUCGAAAGCCUCGGCGUUGUCCUCAAAACGCACGCGGACAGUGCUUGGACUGUAACUGUGCGUAGUAAGCAAGCGAAGAAGCAAUUAAGUUAACGAUGGCGGAGCCUAAAACAAAAUAUGAUCGUCAGCUCAGGAUCUGGGGUGAACAAGGGCAAGCAGCUUUAGAGAAAGCAAGCAUAUGUUUACUAAAUUGUGGGCCAACUGGUUCUGAGACUUUGAAGAAUCUUGUUCUUGGUGGUGUUGGAAGCAUUACGAUAGUUGAUGGAUCUAAGGUUGAGUUGGGUGACCUUGGAAAUAAUUUUAUGGUGGAUGAGUCAAGUCUUGGUCAGUCAAAGGCCAAGUGUGUUUGCUCAUUCCUCCAAGAGCUAAAUGAUGCUGUUAAAGCUAAAUUUAUUGAAGAGCAUCCCGAAGCUUUGAUCGACACCAACCCAUCUUUUUUUUCUCAAUUUACCUUAGUUGUAGCCACUCAGCUGGUGGAAGAAUCUAUGGUGAAGCUUGAUAGAAUCUGUAGAGAAGCAAAUGUGAUGUUGAUUUUUGCUCGCUCCUAUGGCCUGACAGGUUUAGUUCGCAUUAGUGUAAAGGAACAUGCUGUGAUUGAGUCAAAGCCUGAUCAUUUUCUAGAUGACCUUAGGUUGAAUAACCCAUGGCCUGAACUGAGAGGGUUUGCAGAAGCUAUUGACCUAAAUGUGCAAGACCCUGUUGCUCAUAAGCACAUACCAUAUGUUGUCAUCCUUGUGAAGAUGGCUGACGAGUGGAUAAAAAGCCAUGGAGGUAGUCUUCCAUCAACCAGGGAAGAGAAAAGAGAGUUCAAGGAACUUCUCAAAGCCAGGAUGGUUGCAAUGGAUGAAGACAACUAUAAAGAAGCUAUUGAUGCCUCCUUCAAAGUGUUUGCUCCUCGGGGAAUCAGUUCAGAUUUGCAGCAGAUAAUUAUUGAUAGCUGUGCUGAAGUUGCUUCUAAUUCUUCUGACUUUUGGGUGAUGGUAGCAGCUUUGAAGGAGUUCAUUGCAAAUGAAGGUGGUGGGGAGGCACCACUUGAGGGGUCCAUACCAGAUAUGACAUCUUCAACUGAGCAUUACAUAAACUUGCAGAAGAUCUAUCAGGCUAAGUCUGAGGCUGAUUUUCUUGUCAUUGAAAAACGAGUUAGGAAUAUUCUUAAGAAAAUUGGCAGAGAUCCAAAUAGUAUCCCAAAGGCAACAAUAAAAAGCUUCUGUAAAAAUGCAAGAAAACUCAAAGUUUGCAGGUAUCGCCUCAUUGAGGAUGAGUAUAAUAACCCAUCCCUUCCUGAGCUGCAGAAGUAUUUAACAGAUGAAGAUUACAGUAUUGCUGUGGGAUUCUAUAUUCUUCUAAGAGCUGUGGACCGCUAUGCUGCAAAUUUUAACAGUUUUCCUGGGCAGUUUGAUGGUGGAAUGGAUGAGGAUAUAUCUCGGUUAAAAACUACAGCUGUUAGCCUACUUAAUGAUUUGGGUUGCAAUGGCUUAACAUUGACAGAGGACCUUAUAAAUGAAAUGUGUCGAUUUGGUGCUGCAGAGCUCCAUACAGUUGCUGCCUUCAUUGGAGGAAUAGCAUCACAAGAGGUGAUCAAGCUUAUAACGAAACAGUUUGUUCCCAUGUCUGGCACUUACGUAUUCAAUGGGAUUGAUCACAAGUCUCAGUUGUUGUCACUGUAUUAGAUCUUCAAGCUAGCAAUUGUUUGAAGUAGUAAAUGGUAUGUUCGCAUCAUCUCUGGUGCAACUACCUUGUGCCAUAUCUAUUUCAAUGGAAUACAUGUUCUCAACUUCUGGUUUCACCGGCAGAUUCCAUCGUGAGAUGGGAUGGGCAAUUUCAUAUGCAGGUAUAGCUUUGCUGCUCCAUUUUGUAAAAGAUUUUUGGGAUUGAGGCAUUAUUUGCAUCAUUGCAAGGCAAUAGCUAUGUGGUUUGAUGGAGAGAUUUUAAUGAUACUAUAGUUCAUGUAACCUGAUUCAAAUCGAGUAGGGAAGAGAAAAACAGGGAAAGAAGGAUAACUGAAGAGUGCGAAAGAUCUCAACAUUUAAUUUAUUGAGCGAAGUAAAAGCAAUGCUAAUGUUGGCAUUCCUUAUUCA